GUGUGCUGUCAGAAUGGUUACCAAUCUUACGUAAUAACAAAAGCAGCUGUCAAUAGAGUUCGAUCGAAAAAGAUUUUCACUGAAUUCUAUUUUGUAGCGUAAAAAGUUGUUUAAUUCGAAUCAUGUCUCUCGUGAAAAUAUUUUCCAUUGCAAAACACAGCAAUCGACUUGUACGCCCGGCUGCCGUGUACCGUUCGUACAGCAAUGCACCGAGGGCAACUGAAAUCAAGCCGGAGCAGUACUAUUAUGUAAACAAUCAAGAUCCGAGCAUGGAGAUGACCGAUAUUACGGACCGCGCAGCUCAGACUCUUUUCUGGACGGAGUUAUUUCGAGGAGCUGCAGUUACUUUGGCACACAUUUUUAAGGAACCGGCCACUAUUAAUUACCCCUUCGAGAAGGGUCCGCUGAGUCCACGAUUUCGGGGAGAGCAUGCCCUACGUCGGUAUCCUAGUGGAGAGGAACGUUGCAUCGCGUGCAAAUUAUGUGAGGCUAUUUGCCCGGCGCAGGCUAUCACCAUUGAGGCGGAAGAACGAGCCGACGGUAGCCGCAGAACUACGCGCUAUGAUAUCGAUAUGACGAAAUGUAUCUAUUGUGGAUUCUGUCAGGAAGCCUGUCCGGUAGAUGCUAUCGUCGAAGGGCCCAACUUCGAGUUUUCCACUGAAACGCACGAGGAGCUUCUGUACAAUAAGGAGAAGCUGCUCAGCAAUGGAGACAAGUGGGAAUCUGAAAUAGCGUCUAACAUAAACGCUGACUAUCUGUAUCGUUGAGUAUAAAAUAUUAGAAGACCGGAUUAGUGCGUCCGGUAUUUUGAUCAGAAGAAGUGGAAUAAAUUGUUGAAUAUUAACAA